AUGGAAUCGCUGACCUGGCUUCAGUGUUCUGGCCAAUACCCCUGCCGACCAUGUAUCACUGCAAGAGCCAGAACUUGCAGCUACCUCCAUGGUGAACGGCAAGCGAAGCGUCAAAAGACUGAACCGCCAUCUACACCUGCUAGUGGCAGAGGCCAGCAACAUGAAGUUCAAAAGGCUAUCCAGUUGACUCCAGACCAGCGAGGAGCCGAUGUGGCUUGCCAACCCUUUCACCAUCAGCACUUAAAGUAUCUGAUUCCACCACCACCACGUCUCAAUGAUGUUGCUUAUCAAAAAGGUCAUUCAGAAAUACCUCCAACAAUCAUUGAAACAAGGCUUCAGCCAACUCGAGAUCUGGGCCGUGUUCUUCAAUGUUUCUUCGACGAGAUAGAGGCAUUCUAUCCCUGCAUCGAUCGGACCGAUUAUUACAUUCGCAUGGCAGCAAUGUUUCGGGACGGCUACAGAUCUCGUGGGCUUCAACGUCAACACAUCUCCCUAGCGGCACUUACUUGCACCAUGGCCGCCAUAGGUGUCUACCUCGGUGGGGAAUCACAGCCCAGAGACGCCGACGAAGACUAUAUCAAGUCUUCACAGGAAUGGUUUUGCGAGAGCCAACGACUUCUCGAAGUCCUUGAACCUUUGCCAGAUUUGGAUCUCCUUCGCCUUCACCUUCUCCGUGUCUUGUACAUGACGAUUCUUCAACGUAGGGCAGAGUUGCCGAAAGUCAUGUCUGCUGCGGUCGAUGUCGCCUUUGGCGUGGGAUUGAACGACGAAUCUUCGUGGGGCCCUCUCAGCGCUCGUGAGCGAGACUAUCGCCGUCUACUGUGGUGGACGUUGUGCUUCAUGGACUGUCGCCUCGCAUUAGCCAAUACAAGACGGAUCAAGAUCCAACAUAGCGACUUUGCUGUAUUGGCUCCUACUUCGACGGCAUUAGACCUUUUCACGGACCCUGAAGAACGUCGAGGCUUCGACUUCAACGCUGGCCUGCAAGAUUGGCCCAUGCCCUCAAAUCGCACACAGGUCUGGCUCGAUUACGUGUGCUUCUGUGUGCAAUUCACUCAAUUGGUCUUAUUCUCCUGGGAGAAGGUAUUCAGUCUCAAAGCUACAAAGGGAGUCCAAAAUCCCGAAUUGCUGGCUGAAGCAGAAAUAUCCCUGCUACAUCUCCGGAAAUCAAUACCAGCUUCUCUCCUAUGGGAUGUGUUGUCCCUCCCUGGAUCUCUCGACCUGGGAGAUCAGGACCGUACUUUCCGGUUGAAGCUAAUCGUUCAUGAGUCCAUCAACAUGCUACGUCUACACAUUCGUUGCCGGUCAUCCGACGUUACUCCAACCACGACUUUGCGAAUCGCUUCCCCCACACCCAGCGCGGAAUCAAUCGCCGCAGACAUCCUCACAUCUAUAUCCCACUACUUCAGUGUGCGGGGCCGCUCGCGGCCAUGGACGACCUAUGGAAGUAUCUUGAUGGUUGAAGCUGCUUCUCUCGUCAAACACUCCCUCGUGGCUUCAAUCCUUGACAAAGCUUCCCCAUCCACACCCCAGUUGGCAUUCACAUCAAUGUGCGCUGCCAUCAGCUGCCUCAAUCGAUUUAACAUGAGAAUAUGUACUGACGCUUCCUCCGAACUUGCUUCAGUCUUGUGCGAGGUUCAACUGUCUAUCCCAUACACCAUCCCUCCCGAGAUUGCUCCUGGCCUCCCCGGGUAUCCCAGUAUGCAUCAACAGGGCCCAGAGCUACACAAAUGCGAUGACGAAGCACCUGACGGGAUAUCUAUGCUUCCAAAUAUCGCGUACCCAAGAAUACUUGAUGUCUCAAACGGCUGA